AUGCAAACCCAUGCCAAUGGAGACGAAGACGACCCUAACAACAAACAACACACCGACAGUUUUCACGGCAUCGAAAUCGACGUGCAAGAUAUAGAGUAUCUCGAGGACGACCUGUGCAACCUCCGAUUGCGGCGACUGGGAGAGUUACAGCAGCUCAUCUACAUCCUUCCUAUGGCCAAGGCCAACCUCCAAGCCCAAGACAACGACCUCUUCUCUCUCAAAGAGAAAGUGCAAGAGUUUUUAGCGAGUCAACGUCAAGUGAUACUUAUUCUAGGAGAUUCAGGAGCUGGCAAGUCAACAUUUAAUCGACACUUGGAACACCAGCUCUGGACCGACUACAAGCAAGGCGGGCCCAUCCCUCUCUACAUCAAUCUUCCCACCAUUGACGACCCAGAGCAUGAUUUGAUCGAGAAGCAGUUGCAGCACCACAACUUCUCGAAUGACCAAAUCCAGGAGAUGAAGCAGCACCGACAGUUUAUUCUCAUCUGUGAUGGUUACGACGAGAGCCAGCUCAAGAUCAAUAUCCACACCACCAACCACCUCAACCAACCGGGACAAUGGAGAUCCAAGAUCGUCAUCAGCUGCCGUAGUCAGUUUUUGGAAUCGGACUACCGCUCUCAAUUCCAGCCUCAACCUAUCGAGGAGUAUGUCACUCGCUACGUCCCGCUCGAGCCUCGACCUUGGGUUACUGAGGACUACAUGCGGAUGCUCACCACUAUCCCCAACCUCAUGGACCUGGUCAAGAUCCCCUUCCUUCUGACGCUAGCGCUCGAAGCUUUGCCAUCCAUUGCCGAGGGCAAGCAGGAUCUCUCGACCGUCAGGGUGACUCGCGUUCAACUCUAUGAUACCUUUGUUGUACAUUGGCUGGGUGUCAAUAAACGGCGUCUCCAGAGCAACGUCUUGUCACAGGAUGACCGACGGGUCCUCAAUCAGCUUUUGGAUGCUGGGUUUAUAUCGAUGGGCACUGACUACGCUAUGAGGCUGGCACUGGCGAUUUUUGAGAAACAGAAUGGAAACCCAGUUGUCCAAUCCAUGCUGGAGUAUUUCUUUUCUCGAGUCGUCUACAACCCGGUCAGGACGGACGAUGACUCUACAAUGGAAACGGAAACACGUCCCUCUAUCGCCCAUGGGUUCGACCCUAGUAACCCGUUGUUCCGACGUAACUUGCUUACUGAACCCUCCAUAAUUCAGUUCCUAUGCGACCGCGUAAAGCUCGACUCGACUUUUAACCAGCAGCUCCUCACUGUCGUCAACCUUUCCAAGACAGAUGCCGCCGUUACCACCACCACUGCCGCCACCAACGCCAUGACGAUCCUGAUCAAAGCCGGCAAUAACUUCAACGGCGCCGAUCUCCGCGGCGUCAAGAUCCCUGGUGCCGACCUUUCCGGUGGUCAGUUUGACUAUGCGCAGUUCCAUGGAGCAGACUUGAUGGGUGUCAAUCUUUCGAGGAGCUGGUUGCGAGAGGCGGAUUUGAGCGGCGCACAGAUGGAUGGUGUCCAAUUUGGGGAACUCCCGUACCUGCAGUUCAGUAAAUCUGUGGUUGCCUGUGCCUACUCGCCUGAUGGAGCCUCGGCCGGAGAUGACCAUACAGUUCGAUUGUGGGAUUCGUAUACCGAAGAGAGUCUCUUUGUCUUGGUGGGUCACACGAGCGAAGUCUUGAUCGUCAAAUAUUCUCCGAGCGGAGAGUGGCUGGUGUCGGGUGGUAACGAUAAGACUAUUCGGUUUUGGAGCCCGGAGACAGGAGAACUAGGGAUUGUUUUGGAGUCUUCCUUGGGUGAGGUUUGGACUCUUGCCUUUUCUACUGAUGGACGGUGGAUUGCUUCUGGCCAUGUGGUGGGAGGAUUGCAACUUUGGCACGCGGUGUCUGGAGAGCCAGGCCCUGUCCUGCAUGGCCAUCUCAAAAGGGUUACGGGAAUUGUGUUUUCUCCAGACAGCCGGUGGAUCGCUUCUUCUAGUUACGACAGCACAGUGAGACUAUGGGACACGUCGACAGGCACUCACAUUAACAAGUUGUCAAGCCAUAAGACCCCUGUGAACGAUGUAGCCUUUUCUCCGAAUGGCCAUCAAAUCGCAUCGGGCGGGAAGGACAGCAGGGUGCGACUGUGGGAUGUGGACUCUAUUUUGACGUCGAGUGUUGAGCAGCAGGUUCAAAUCUCUAAUGUACGGAAGACAGUGUACUCCCGGGAUGGUCAAUCUAUCCUCAUACUCUGCGGCGACCAAAGUAGCCACGACGAAACUGUCCAAGUCCAACAAUGGGAUUCUACGACAGGAGCGCCUGUACCACUUCCGAUUGAGUUAUCGGGAGAACCACCAGUCGUGUCCGUGUCAUAUUCAUUAGACGACGUCCCAACCGCAGUUGUCGAACAAGACGAGACUCUUCGAUUGUGGGAGCUUCAGGAAGGAAGACGAGAGACUAUUUUGGAAGGCUCAAGGGAGGCGAAGUUCGUUACCAUGUCGCCUUGCUGUCGUUGGAUCGUUUCUAUUGACAGGGACAACACCGUGACGUUGUGGGACCUUGACAACACUCAACAAAAGCACGUACUUAUUGAGAAAGGCGGAGUCGGUGGCAUGAAUAUCAUUCACUUGGCAUUCUCGGCGACCGGACAUCAGCUUGCAGUGGGCACUUGGGGUGGCACCAUCUGGCUCUUUGAUGCCCAAUCGAAAGGUUUAAAAACGUCCAAGUCGAUACAUCGGGGCAUUUCAGCGAUAUCAUUUUCGCCGGACGGCCAACAGCUUGCAGCCGGAACCGCUGAGUGCUCGAUCUACCUUUGGGGCUUACAAUCAGAGGAGCGCGCCAUCGAGCUGAGAGGACACACAGAAAGGGCGAUACGCAUUGCUUACUCACCUUGCGGCGAAUGGAUUGCUUCCCGCAGUCGGGACAAUACAGUGCGAGUCUGGCGCAGGCGGCGACUGCCAGGCGAUACAGAGACCUGGUCGUGUGUCUCAACGCUCCACUGCUACUUUGACAUUGUCCAUGACAUUGCCUGGAGUCCGACCGCCCCUUUGGAAUUUGUCACCGCUUGCAGAGACGAAUCAGUCCGGGUCUGGCGAGUGUCGAGCGAUGAUGAGGAUGUUGUCGUCAAGCUACUCUGGGGUACCAAUCUUGCGGUUCUCCAUGCCGAGGGUCUUGUGCUCAAGGGUACGACUGGUCUUAGUCCGAUGCAAAAGGAGUUGUUGGUCCAGCGCGGCGCCAUUGAUGAUUCGUUAACAUUGGAAGAAGAUGGACGAUCGGACGUUGAGGAGUAG